GGUGCUUGGUUUGAGUCUCGGAGCAUUGAAAAUUGGAAGAGGAAAGGAAGAGGGGAGAGAAAAUGGGGCAUAAUUACCAGCACCGCCAUCAAGCAACCGACGGACUUCUGAGCUUAUUCACAAAAGCGAAUCAUGAUCUCGCUCUUGUCCAUCUCAGGCUCGAGAAGGAAUUUCAACAAGUUUACCCCGACAACGCAAACCCUAUGAAGCUGGUUUAUAGGAUCAAAAAGAUACAAGAAGAUGUAUCAACUUUAAAAGAGCAGUGCCACGAGCUAUUGGCAGCUAAACAGGAUUUGAUCGAUAAGGCUCAGAGAACUCUAGUUGAGAACAGAGAUUUGGUGCAGCGCAUGCAUGCAUCCAUGAGUACCUCUCUAACUGAUGAAGAUGAUUCCGCAUUCACUAACUUCAAGCAGAUUAUUGAAGAAUGGACAGCACAAGUAAGAUCAAGAACAGGGGACGAAACACAUGAUUCCGACUCUGGAGAUGUCAACAAGCUGCUCUUCUCAGCUAUUGUUGAAAGCAAUUGAACUGCUCUAAUGAGGAUUCUAGAUGCCACCGUUAUUUCGUAGAACUCUGCUUCAUUUAGAAAGCUUUUCUAUUUUUUCCCAAAAGCUGUUUGUACGUAAACCUCUCAGUUCUCAUUAUUCAAUCUCAAUGGAAUCUCUGUUUAUUUAAAAAAAAAAAAUCUCUUCGUGACGUCAGAUCGCUCCUUAAGGUUGGUCGCAUUUGCAGUUUUGGAAGAUAAACUCUUGAGCCAUAUUUACUGUGGCUAUCAGUUCGAAAUUAGCAUUGGCUCUAAAAUAGCCAAGAGAUUAAAUGAAUGAGAUGUUUUCUUCCAAAUACCCAGAGGGCAGCAUGAAAAUAAGGUGAACAGAUUUUUAAAUCCUCUGGUGGUGUUGUGACAUCAGUUGGACCCAAGUGCAUGCUUUGCAGCUUUAGAAUUCAUACAUUCAAUAUUGCAGUAACUCGUAAAUAUCUUCCGUUCCUGGAGCUGUAUCUCUUCAUGCAAGAUGGAUGCUGGAAGUUCUUUAAAUCGCCCAAGGAGAUGGCAAGAAUUGUUGCAGAGUGGUCUGGUCUAAGAGCUGGCGAGCUAAAGGCGAUGUCAUAAACUGCAUUGAGGUUAGCAUGACCAGGUGCUGUAUUCAAGUUUGUUCACGACCUUCUUGAGUUUGUUGGACAAGGAAGUUCCUGGCCAGAAGUUAAAAAAAAUACACAAAGGAUAUUCAUAUUAUUGAUCUGGAUUUACGUAGACCCAUGGAAAUAGAGAGAGGCAAAAUAAAAUAUACAGCCAUCAUCUCUGUGUAAUCCGUGUCCUGGUGUAAACAGCAUGAUGCUCUAGACCACUUGGCACAUAUCUUGGCACAGAGAUAACGAAAUACUGAUAAAGGCAUGGAGUAAACGAACCAUGUGAGGCCUAACUGCCUAAGUGGUAUCCAUAAACAAGCCCAAUAGGCCCAGUACUUAUUCCACAUCACCAUAGUGUCUUUGUCCAGCUUGGCUCAUUUAGUCGGGCAAUUUUCGUAGAUUUGUAUCUC